GACUCGGACGGACGACAGUAAAAUAAAAUGUACCAGAGGGUCCCUCCACCUAAAGAUGCUGAAGAUACCGACAAGCCAGUUAUCACAGAAACUGUCAGCGCUAGUGAAAAGGCCCCAAAGAAUGUACCAUCUAAGUUAUGGGAGAGAUUCAAGGUCUUGGAGAAGAAGACUGAUGACAUGACCAGAAGAUCUACAGAAAAAAGAAUCAAAUAUAUGCAGAAAUCAUUGAUAAAGAAAGUUCAGGAGGAGAUAACUCUUCCAGAAGACAGAGACAUUCUUAGACAGCAUGAUGUCAAGUUUGGACCACCUGUACGUGAUGACACUGAACGAGGGAACAGGAAGAGGAAGACUCCUGCUUCUAGCGAUACAACCACACAAGAAGGACAGAGUUCAUCAAGUGGUACACAUAAUUCCUGGGAGAAAAUCAAGCCAUACUUGACUGCAGAUGAUCAUCUUCGUAGGCCAGAUAAGGACUGUCACAAACCAGAGUCAGGACUAGAGGUUCAGAUUACAUCUGCCAUUAAACAAGGAGAAAUCUCAAGGGCUGAGGAACUCAGUGAUCAACUGUCUACACGAGAGUUUGGAACGAAAGUGGCCAAAGCCUUUGACGCUCACAGAUUUGUUGAAAAAAGAAAGGAACAAGAAGAAUUCAAACAGUCAAAAAAGAAGAAAAGUCUUCAUUGGGGGUUUCAAGAAAAGCAAAGAUGGGAAACGAAAGGCAACAUGUGAAGAGGUGCUGCGUCGAUACAUUUUUUACGUCCUUUUCCAUUUGUACAAUGACAUAACUUCGGAAUGAAGUUGUUUACUUGGCAUUGGAAUAUUCAUCAAUAAAAUGACUCAGUUGUUUACGAUCGUGGAGAGAAAAAAGGUUAAACCGAGUCUUGACCACGAAUACUAUCUGGUUACAACAUUACAUUGAGAUCGGACGGUAACUUUGUCUUUGGUAAACUUAUGCUUUAUGUUCUGUGACCAAUGACUAUAAUAUAGUUGUUUCAUAUUUAUAUAUAUACCAGUAUUUGUUCUCGAAGUCUCCGGAGGUAUGGGCGGCUUUCAGAAUUAGCCGUUAUAUGGCAUGACUACAAAAUGUGAUACGCCAUUGAUAUUUAAAACCAUAGCAAUGACGGAGCAACAUGAUUGCCUCCAUCGAUAAUCAAAGAUAAGUUCGGAAAGUAUUGUGACUUUUAUAGCCCACCAUCUGAUCAACGCCAUCAGAUAGUGGGUUAUUCAGAUCUCUCUUCGUUUGGCAUGCGGACGUCUAGCCUUUAACAAUGAUUAUUAUCGCUAUUUCUCAGACAGCAAUUUUCAUAUUUAGGUUCCUCAUGGUCCCUAUAUGUGCAUGUUCCAUAAUGAGACUGGUUGGAAAACAAGAUGGCACAGCAGUUUAUUUAUAAUUUGACAGUUGGUUAUCGCUAUUUCUCAAAAAGGUUCUUCAUGGAACUUUCUCAAAUUUCACCUGUAGGUUCCCCUUUCUCCUUAGAUGUGUAUGUUCCAUUUUGAGUUUUUCACGAUUAUUUCUUGACCAUCGCUGUUAAUUAUAAUAAGGACAUUAGAUACGCUGUAUUACAUGACCGAUAGUGAUGAAACAAAUCUUACAACAAUACAUUUAUGUAUAUCCCAUAUACGCCAAUCUCAUUGUUCUUUUGCCAUUACUUUUUACCUUUUAUUCAUAAUGAAAUGUACCUUCUCUGUCCAUGAUUGGAAAUAUUAUAUUAUUAAAGCGCUUCUACCCUAUUUAUAAAACGUGUUUGACGGAGUCUUUAAACACCUAAUACAGUACCGUUAUCGCAAUGAGAAAUAGGUGUGUAGGUGCGUGUUGUAAAGUUGUCUUUAGAAGAGACAUUAAAACCAAGAAAUCUGCUAGAAACACAAGAAAGUAGUACUCUUCCUAUAGUCUGCGUUUCUCCUCUCUGGAUGAUGCAGAUUAUAAAGCCUGGACAGGUUUGGCAAGAACACAGUUUCUAGAAAUUAUUUCACACUGUUCGUCCUCUACUGACACUGGUUUUUAUACUUGGAACCACGAGGAUGCACUACUGUUGUUCUGGGUAAAAGAAAAGACGGACAUAUCAUGUAAACAGUGCUCAACUCUUUUAAACAUGUCAGUUUCGAAGAUAUUUCAUUCCACAGUAAAUGCAUUACACUUA